UCGCUCUAAUCAGUUGUGUUGUGCUGGUGUCUAAUCAACAGACGUAACAAUCGCCAAAUAAUAACAAAUAAUAAUAAUAAAAAUAAUAAUACACUUGUUGGAGUAGAAAUAACUUUCGGGGCCAAUUAGUCUGGCCCAGCUGUGAGUUACCAGUGUGUAACUAUGGCCUGUGCUUUGAAAACCAUUAAAUUUGUCAAACAAAUUCAGCAAUUGUCCAAAAGAUCAUUUUCGGAAUCAUCGUUUCCUAAAAUUACAACUCAUUACACAGUAGUACCACGUGAAAGUGAUCCAAGAUGGAAAGGCACAAACAUGGAGAGAUUUGUCGACGAAACAGACAUUCUGAUAAUCGGCGGGGGUCCAGCUGGACUGUCAGCAGCAAUUAGAGCUAAAAAACUAGCCGAGGAGUCGGGACGUGAUUUACGUGUGACAUUAAUCGAGAAAGCUGGAACUGUUGGCAGUCAUAUACUCAGUGGCGCUUGCAUUGAUCCAGUUGCUCUGAAUGAAUUAAUUCCAAACUGGCAGGAACUCGGUGCGCCUCUAAAAACACCAGUUACUGAGGAUAAAUUUGCAUUGCUAACAGAAAAGGGCCGCAUACCUAUUCCCAUUAUCAAAGGAAUGCCCAUGUACAAUCACGGGAACUACAUCGUCAGAUUAGGACACGUUGUAUCGUGGCUGGGUGAGCAAGCGGAGGCAGCAGGUGUUGAAUUAUACGCUGGGUACGCAGGCUCUGAAAUUUUAUAUCACCAAGACGGCUCGGUAAAGGGUGUAGCGACUAAUGACGUCGGUAUAGCCAAAGAUGGUUCGCCCAAAGAGACGUUUGAACGUGGGAUGGAGCUUCACGCCAAGUGUACGAUCUUCGCUGAAGGCUGUCACGGGCAUCUGACGAAACAGGUGUCGCGCAGAUUAAAUUUACGAUCAGAUUGCGAGCCUCAGAGCUAUGGGAUCGGUCUCAAAGAGGUAUGGGAAAUAAAUCCAGAAAAACAUCGCCCUGGUGCAGUUGAACACACCGUUGGUUGGCCGCUAGAUAAAAACACAUACGGUGGAUCCUUUUUGUAUCAUUUGAAGGACGAGACGCCAUUAGUUGCUGUUGGAUUCGUCGUGGGGUUGGACUACAGUAAUCCAUACUUGCAUCCAUUUAAAGAAUUCCAGAGAUUUAAACAGCAUCCGGCUAUCCGUCCGACCUUCGAAGGUGGAAAGAGAAUAGCGUACGGAGCACGAGCACUAGUGGAAGGCGGUUUCCAAAGCAUACCGAAGCUUCAAUUCCCGGGCGGGUGUUUAGUUGGCUGCACUGCGGGAUUUCUCAAUGUACCCAAGAUCAAGGGCGUACAUAAUGCCAUGAAAAGCGGGAUGCUGGCUGCCGAGAGUGCCGUGGAAGCGAUAAUUGAGGCAGAGACCAGCACUUCGACUACUAGUGGUCUCGAACCCAAGACUUAUACGGAUAAAAUAAAAAACAGUUGGAUUUGGAGUGAGCUGAAGGCUGUGAGGAAUUUCCGACCCAGCUUCCACUCUAGCUUGGGAUUAUACGGAGGUCUGAUGUACGGAGGAUUCUCUAUGUUAAUGAGGGGCAAAGAGCCAUGGACGCUGUCACACGGUGGUGCUGAUCAUACUAAAUUGAAACCAGCGUCUCAGUGUACGCCUAUUGAAUACCCAAAACCUGAUAAUCAAGUGUCAUUUGAUUUACUGUCGUCUGUUGCACUUACUGGCACUAAUCAUGAACCUGAUCAACCUCCUCACUUAACUCUACUCGACGAUACUGUGCCAGUUGAAAAAAAUCUCGCUAUCUACGAUGGACCUGAGGGGCGUUUUUGUCCUGCCGGAGUAUAUGAGUACGUACCAUUGGAAAGUGGCAAUGGCCUGAAGCUACAGAUCAACGCUACCAAUUGUAUACACUGCAAGACAUGUGAUAUUAAGGACCCGAGUCAGAACAUCAACUGGGUGGUGCCUGAGGGCGGAGGUGGACCUGCUUACAACGGCAUGUGAGAACUCGACAUCAUUUUUCUUAAGCUUUCCUUCUUUUCUUUAUACUAUAUAUCUAUUUACUCCAUUUUUAUUACUAUUACUCUCCAUUUAUUAUUUUUUACGUCUUCCAUUAUAUUAUUGACAGUAAUAAUUUAUAUUAUAAUGAUAAUUAUUAAAAUAAUCGGGCUGCUUUCAAAAAGCUUUAAUUAAAAAUAUAUUGAUUAAUCAAAGACUUAUUCGAGGAUUUAAAUGUUUUAUUUAAUAUAAUUAAAUUUUAAUAAAUUGUUAAUUACUUUUAAUUUAAUAUGAAAAAUUAUUAUUUGUUGGAUUAAUUUUUUAAAUUUUAAUUUCGUAUUAUACUGAUAAUUAACAG